AUGGCUCGACUCAGCCGUGUUGCUGAUAGUGACGAUUCGGAAAUCAAUUCGGUCGAGUCAUUAAAUCCUCGAAAUCCUCGUAAGCCCACUACAAAACCAAAUCGAAAUCCCGUUUCUGCAUUGGCGCAUCGAAGUGGAGAGUCUGUCCAAGAUUCGAUUGAAACAAAUGACAACGUAGAUGAGGACGGAGAUGAGAUUGCAAUGGAUGGCCAAGAUGAAGCGGAGGAAGAAGUGGAAGACACAGAUGAAGACGCAGAUAACACAAUCGUCGUCAUGGUUCCGGGACCUAGGAACCCCGACGAAUACGUUCCAUAUCAAGACGACACAGUAUAUUCGGUGCUCGAGGAGUUAAACGGUCCAGAUGGCGAGACAUUGUAUCGAGUAGAAUACGAAGAUGAGAGACAGGAGAACAUCACGUUCAAUAGAUUACUUUACCUUCCAAAUGGCAACAAUGCUUUGAACGAGUUCAAUAGCAGAGAAGCCUCGGAGUUGAUUACGGUUGACAAUCCAUCAAAUUCCAGUCGGAGCAUGUCUUCUAGAGCUGGCAAACGUACUCGCCGACAGCUAACUGACAACAACUUUGUCGACAUCAGCAGCAUUCAGCUGAGCUCUGACGAUGACAGGCUCCCGAAGAAUGGAAAGAAAAAGCGUCGUCUUGUGAAUAACAUGUCAACUGUUGAAAUUGAAAAAGCACGCCGAAGUACUCGUGCUGGUAGUCGACAGUCUUCGCGACCUAUCUUCGAUGAUGAUGAGGAGGACGAGGAGGACUCGCAAUCGGGACCUAUUCUUUCAAAUAGCCAUGGAUCUCGAAAAUCAGGACGUACAGCAACAAGAUCUGCUGCUCCCAGAAAAGCAAAUACUCUCGCCAAUUACAUAGAAGAUGAAGAGGAGGAGGACGAGCUUGCUGGUGAUUUGCAAGUCGAAUCUGAAGGAAGCGAAAUUGCAUAUGCUAAACCCAAGAGACGACGCGCGAGUAGCGCUCGAGCCUCGAAGCCUGACAAGCGUGAACGGCCACAAGCCUAUGGUAUCAAAUCUGAUUAUAGUUCCAAGUUACCAAAAGAGCUCCCGUCUCGCAUAUCAAGGCGCGGAAACAAAACUGGCAAGAACAUGGAAGAAGUUGACAUCGAUGAAGAGGUUUAUGCUGAUGAAGUAGCUGGAAAAGCCGCACCUAAAGUCAUAAGCAUUCGAGAGAUCUAUCGACCGGUAUCCGCGAAGUCUUCCUUUGCUUUGGUUCAUGAUCAAGACUGCGAUGUUUGCGGUGGAACCGGCAAGAAUUCUAAUAAAGGACGAAGUGAACUCAUUUACUGCCAAGGAUGCUCCUCGUCAAUACAUAGAAUUUGUUUAGGAUAUCGAUCAGGUCGUGAGCAUAUGGUCACUAAAGUUGGCCACGAACAUUUCGUCAUGCAGUGUCGACGCUGUAUCGGUCUGUCCGUCAAGAAAUAUCCUCUCGCCCCUCAACUUGGUGCUUGUAGUAGCUGUAAUGAGCCUGGAGCAUCUUGUGCUGCAUUCUCCGUAAAGAAAACCGCGAAGCAGGAAGAGAAGUUGAGGGAGGAAAAUGAUGGCGAUGACCCAAUCACCAAUGUUCGUGAAGAUCUUGUCAACAAUCCAGAUAUCGUUUUGUUCCGAUGCCGAGGAUGCCAGCGUGGAUUCCACUUUGAGCAUCUACCAUCACGUUCUAAGAAAUCGGUCACUCCAAAGAAUACGGAAGAGACGCGCUUCAAAAGAAUACAAGAAUACACUAAGGAUUGGCAGUGCAAAGAGUGUUAUCAGUCUACCGCUAAAAUGCAAACUUUAGUUGCAUGGAGACUAUUAGACCACAAGUCUUAUAAGAAAGGCAGUGUAUUCGAUGAUUAUCGCGAAGAUGAGAAGGAAUAUCUCAUCAAGUGGGAGAAUAAGUCUUAUUUUCAAUGCUCUUGGAUGCCUGGCGCCUGGGUUUGGGGUGUUGCGCCAGCUACAAUGCGGAAAGCUUUCAUUCGUAGAGAUGAGGGUGCCAAUUUGUUACCAAAAUGGACCAGUGAAGAGGCGAUUUCGGAGGAAUACCUACGAAUGGAGAUUAUUUUUGAUGUCGAAUAUGACAUGUCUUUCAGACCAAAGUCCGAGGAACACGACAAGGCUCAUAUCAACGACGUUGUCCAGGUUCUAGUCAAAUUUAGAGGAUUGACCUACGAUGAAUCUGUUUGGGAGGAACCUCCAUCCCCAGAUGAAGCUGAUCGCUGGAGUGACUUUGUCUCAGCUUACAACGAAUACGUUAUGGGCAAGUACUUCAAGCAAUCGUCUGCAAGCGCUGUAAAGGAGCGUAUUGAUGCAUUUCGUUCUCUAAACUUCGAGAAGAAGGUUGUACUGAAGAAACAGCCUGAUUCGUUGAUCGGUGGCGAGAUGAUGAAACAUCAAAUGGAAGGCCUGAACUGGCUACUGUUCAACUUCCAUCGACAAAAGAACGUUAUUUUGGCUGAUGAGAUGGGUCUUGGCAAGACAAUUCAAAUCGUCGCCUUGAUCGCGUCACUUGUGAAGGAUAAACCAAAGUGUUCCCCUUUUCUUGUUGUUACACCAAACUCGACUUGUCCCAAUUGGCGUCGAGAAAUCAAAAAAUGGGCACCUGGCCUUCGGGUCGUUGCAUACUAUGGUGCUAGGUCUGCUCGCGAAAUGGCCAUGAAGUAUGAAAUGUAUCCUAAUGAGUGCUCUGAUCUUCGUGCUGAUAUCGUGGUAACUUCAUAUGAGGCACCAGUCGACGACUCCAGCAAAGGCUUCUUCAAAAGAGUCAAAUGGGCUGGCAUGAUCGUAGACGAGGGCCAACGACUGAAGAAUGAUGAGAAUCUUCUCUAUGGUGCUUUGAAAGCCUUGAAAAUACCAUUCCAAGUUCUCCUUUCUGGUACACCAUUGCAGAAUAACAAGCGAGAGCUUUUUAACCUUCUACAGUUCUUAGAUAACUCUAUUGACGCCGCGAAGUUGGACGAAAAGUAUGCUGAGCUAACAAAAGACAAUCUGCCCGAACUUCAUGAGCUCAUUCGACCAUUCUUUCUCAGGCGUACCAAGUUACAAGUGUUGAAGUUCUUGCCUCCUAUGUCACAGACAAUCAUACCAGUUUCCAUGAGCUCUCUACAGAAACAGCUUUACAAGUCAAUCUUAGCAAAGAAUCCAGAGCUGAUCAAAUCAAUCAUCGGAAAAUCAGAAAGGGCCCUCCGCCCCACAGAAAGAGGAAAUCUGAACAAUAUUUUGAUACAACUGCGUAAAUGUCUUUGUCAUCCUUUCUUGUACAGUUCUGCUAUCGAGGAGACUUCACUGAGUCAUGAAGCCCUUCAUCGAAAUCUAAUCGAUGCCUCCUCUAAGUUUCAAUUAUUGGAAAUCAUGCUCCCGAAGCUGCAAGCUCGAGGACACAGAGUUCUGAUCUUCAGUCAAUUUUUAAAGCAACUUGAUCUCGUUGAAGACUUUUUGAAUGGUCUUCAACUUCCUUUUAAGCGUCUAGACGGUACCGUCAGUACGCUUGAGAAGCAAAAGCGCAUCGAUGCAUUCAAUGCACCCAACUCAGAACUUUUUGCGUUUCUCCUUUCUACCAGAGCUGGUGGUGUCGGAAUUAAUUUGGCGACUGCAGAUACCGUUAUAAUCAUGGAUCCUGACUUCAAUCCUCACCAAGAUAUUCAAGCUCUCUCUCGAGCUCAUCGCAUCGGUCAAAAGAAAAAGGUACUUGUCUUCCAACUAGUGACUAAAGAUAGUGCAGAAGAACAAAUCGUACAAGUUGGUCGUAAAAAGAUGGCUCUCGAUCAAGCUCUUAUCGAAAGUAUAGAUGUGAAGGACGAUGCAGGGGACAAUCUUGAGGCAAUUCUUAGACACGGCGCUGAAGCGGUUCUUCUUGACGACAAUAGCAAAAAUAUUUACUACGAUCCAGCAUCAGUUGACGAACUCCUCGAUCGAUCUCAGGUCGAGAAUACUACUAAUGACGAUGGCACCGCAGAAUCUCAAUUCUCACAUGCUCGUGUGUGGAUCAAAGACAAGGGAGAUUUGGUAGAAGAUUUCGGAGACACAGAAGACGAACCGGCUGCUCCAAAAGCGCUAUUAUGGGAUGCUAUAUUAAAACAGCGUGCGGCAGAUGCAGCCCUUGAAGCUGCUAAGAAUAUGCAAACAUUUGGCCGUGGAAAGCGCGCCCGACAGACCGUUGACUACGAAAAGUCACAUCCUGAGCUAAUGGAUUUAGACGAUCCCGAAGGCUCGCCACGAAAAGAUGGUCGCCGGACUCGAAAAUCUGAUAGCGAUGACGAGUUUGGCGGAAAUGCUGCGAGGGAGUCCGAAGCUGAGUCCGACGCAGAUGAAGUCGCCAAUGCCCGAGAACUGGAAACAGAACAAUCAAGCGUCAAAGGUACGAAAUCUAAAAAGCGUAUAAACGCACGCCCACUUUCCAAUGAAUCAAAACGCAAAAUGAACACUCAAGGAGGUGCUAAACCACGUCUCCAAUCACUCACUCUCACGUUGCCAUCCCCUAAACAAACUGGUAAGCAGGAACAUGGCUCUAAGACUCAGCCAGAUAGCUCUGUGAUGAAAAGGCCAGACAGCUCUGCACUUGAAUCAAUAACAGUUAGCAACAAGAAUCUUUCCGUGAAAUCAAUUCGUGAUGGUCGUCAAAAAGUGGCUCAUUCGCGCAUUUCACGGGUCGUUAAGAAGCGAGCUUUGGUGAAAGAGUAUCGAGACAAUCCUGCCGGUCAAGUCAAUGACAACUAUAUUGAAGACCAAGGACCGGCGAUCGCACUUCAGAAGAUGCACACAGACCAUGAAAAUUGGCACCAAGUGAUCACUAACAACCAGCGCGUCUUUUUUAACACUCGACAGAUACAAGACUGGCUUGAUAUCGGCCACAAUCUCCUCGAAAUUUGUAAGAACAAUAUACAAGGAUUGGUAGCGCCGAAUCAAAAUGAGCUCGAUAUCGAGGAUCAAUUUAAGUCUCUGCAAGAGCUUAUUCGAUAUGAUCUCGAUCAACCACUAUGGUGGUAUAGUCAAGAAGAAGCAAAGGCUCGGCAAUUUUGGCAAGAACUCUCUCCACAAUUGACGGAAGGAAAACACCAAUUGCACCAAGACACCGCACAAUGGGUAAAAGCGAGAAAUCAAUUAGUACCACCACAGGAUAAUCGUGCUUUAGACUACUCACGGCAGCUACAGGAAUACCAACGACGAUCAGAAGAAUGGCUUGAUCAGGGUAGCAACCUCAUCGAACGUCACAAUGAACUCAAACAAUACUGCGAACCAGAGUCACAGAGGCGGGAAGAUCCAACAUCGCAAUAUGCUGUACUUUGUAGCGAAAUACAAAAGUUACGACUGGCUUGCGAUAGUGAAAGAAAGAGACUUGAGGGGCUGGUUCGACCAUCAGGGGACAAUCCAGGGAAGUAUAGCCAAGAAAAUCGUCAAAUUGAAAGAAUGUCUACGGCUCCAGAUCCACAGAAAUCAGCCAUCCAGCAUCAUGGACAACAAGAACCUCUUAACGGCGAGAUGAGGAAGCGAGCACCCUAUAAGAAACGCAAAACAGCCGAAAGCGAGGCAGUCGACACCUCUAUCAGAGACCAACUCGUAGAAGCCGGGACUCCCUUUGUCAAAGAGCUCGAAAAUGAUUUUGCAUAUCUAGACGAAAAUCCACUAAGUCUUCCAAUUCAUGACAAUAAUGAAAGUUACUACGAAAAACUCAAGGAUUACGUGCAACGAAUUGAAAAGCGGGUACAGAGAUUACAGCACUAUCAAGAAGCUUUCGACCAACAAUUUCGAAUUUAUAGACCGCGUGACGCAGAAAGAGCCAGACGUGACUUGGCUUACAAGAAACGCAAAAUAGCUGAGAAAAAGUCGGGUGUCAAGUAUUUUCCCAUUGAGGACCACGCAGCACACAUACAAAAGCUUGAUCAACAGUUACGAGAAAUCACAGAAAGUCAGCUACAAUCUUUGAAUUAUGCCGUCGGACUGUUGAAAGCAGAGGAACGUAAUCGAUCGGAGCAAAGCUUCCACAAAGCACCAUAUCCAGAAACUGCGCCAGGAUUCACGGGACCAUUCUAUCACGGAACGCUUUCUAGGAUACCAGCAGAGGAUCUUCAUAGAAUGUCUAUGCCAGUUAGCGAUCUACAUUAUCCGCCAUCACAUGCCAAAGAAUCGUCUAUAAUGCCUACACCACUUGCCGCACCAUCUGGUCAUACAAGAGAUCCUAUCCAAUUUGAUUCAGAGUUUAGCGUUUCAAACAGAUCAAGUCCAACUAGUCGAUUUAUUCCAGCCAUAGAGAUCCCCGUGAAACGUAAACGAGGUCGCCCUCCUGGAUCUACUUCACAUCAGCGGGCUUCCUUAUCAGCAAUGCCACCAAUCCUUCCAAGUCCGUCUCGACCUCCGGUUCAGUCUUGUCCAGACUGUAGUUUUGUUUACUCGAAGUUGAUACCUGCAUGUCCCCACCAUGCUCCUACCGCAAAGAUUCGUCUAAUGCUCGACAAUUUGAAAGGUAUCAAAGACGGUUUUCAGCAAGUGGCAGCUGCAAACAAGUUGUUGAAAGAAGCAUUGGCAUCAAAAUCUGCUGCUCAAUCAUCCCUUCGAAAAUAA